AUGAGUUUGAAAGGGUUUGGCAAAAGUCUUGUUCGAACGCCACAGCAAUUCAAGCUCAAGUUCAACAUCGGCGAACACACCAAGGAUGCCGUCUACAUUGACGCCGAGCGAAGGUUUCAGGAGUUGGAGACCGAGACUAAACGCCUCCACGAUGAAUCCAAGAAAUACUUUGAUGCCAUCAACGGAAUGCUGUCCCAUCAAAUCGAGUUUUCCAAAGCAAUGACCGAACUAUACAAACCCAUUUCGGGCCGAGCCUCCGACCCCAGUACGUACACGAUCGAGGGAAACCCGGAAGGUAUCCAGGCUUGUGAGGAGUACGAAUCAAUCGUCCGUGAACUGCAGGACAGCUUAAAACCCGAGCUUGAGAUGAUUGACGCCCGGAUCAUCAGUCCUGCAAACCAGCUUCUUGAUGUCAUUAAAGUGGUCCGGAAGGUGACUGUCAAGCGAGAGCACAAGAAGCUAGAUUAUGACCGACACCGAGCCACUCUGAAAAAGCUUGAAGAAAAGAAGGAUAAAUCGCUCAAGGACGAAAAAGCUUUGUACAAGGCCGAAAACGACGUUGAGCAAGCAACACAAGACUACAAUCACUUCAACGAUCUCUUGAAAGAGGAACUGCCGAAACUAUUCGGUCUUGAGGCCGAGUUUAUUCAACCGCUCUUCCAGUCUUUCUAUUACAUGCAACUCAACGUCUUCUACACUUUACAUGAAAAAAUGCAAGGAGUCAACAUUGGCUAUUUCGACUUGACACGGGACGUUGUUGAGGCGUGGGAGUCCAAAUAUGGUGAUUCCAGAGAUCAGGCCGAACAGCUCACAAUUACAAAGUACAAAACCACUGGCGGUCGCCGCCAAGGGCAAGGGUCGAAAUACGCUACUUCUAAAGACAAGCUUGCUGCUGAUGACAAGUCGACAUCCUCUCGACUAUCGGAUUCGACAGAACACCCCCCUCCUCCAUACUCUCCUAGCGGUGCGGCUGGCACAAGUCUCGUCGGCCGUGCAAACAGCACAGGGGGCAGCUCGCUAGCUGCCGCUGCCAAGUCCAAGCCAGCUCCUCCACCUCCGCGACCGAAACCCGGUCACUUGGCUGGCCACAAUGUCGAGACCGUAACAGCCCUCUAUGAUUACGAAGCCCAAGCACAUGGCGAUCUCAGCUUUUCGGCCGGGGACGUUAUCGAAGUCAUCACUCGCACGAGCAACGAGAAUGAGUGGUGGUCGGGGCGAGUCCAAGGCAGGGAGGGACAAUUCCCAGGAAACUACGUUAAACUUAACUAG